AUGACAGAACGUCAUGAGUUAGAGAUCAAUAUGGCAAACUUGCAACAAGCUUUGGACAACUAUAUCGAAGCGGCCGGCGAGCUCCAGCCACCACCAGAUGAAAACCAGAUGACCAAAAUCGAGCAGGACAUUGAUAGCGCCCAAGCCACACACCUAAGAGGUCAGAAUCGGCUGACCGAGCUCUGUCUCAUCUUAGAGCAAAAUGCGGAUGCACCAAUGUCUUCCCCUAUCUCGGAAGAAACGGUCAAACCACGUCUCGCACCACUCCACAUCCCCAGAUUCGACGGGCGACUGUGGAAGUGGGAUCCUUUUGGGGAGUUUUCGAAGCCGUUGUCCACUGAAGGAAUCUCAGCAAGACAGAGAAGCUGA